UUAGGAUUUACGUCAUUAUUUAUUGAUUGAUUUGGUUAGUUUUUUUGUUUGUUUAUGAGUUUGCGUUUAAAUUUUUACUUUAAAAAUAAUAUUUACCAGGAUAUAUGUAGCUUAUUUUGUUUUCUAGAUUUUUUACUGCUUACUUAAAUAAGUCGUUUUUAAGAAAGGUCUUUAAUAUUGUUUGCCUUUACUUGUAUAUAGACACACACACACUAGCACUAGUUUUAGGCAGUGAGUGAGAAGUGCACUAGAGGUCGAUUUGAGAUACAGCCUGUAUAGCUGCAGUGCGCAUGCGCAGGAAGCCUCGCUCUAUUCGAAUGUGUGCGGUUAAUUGGCAGUUUCUGUGCGGGAGCUGAGCUGAUGGAGUCGGAGGAGGAAGAGGACAGUGAGUGGAUCACUCUGGACACCGGAUUCCAAGCCGGAUGUGUGGAGGACAAUCCCAGAGUGAUCCUGCAUUUCGACAUGGACUGUUUCUACGCCCAGGUGGAGAUGAUCCGCAAUCCAGCCCUGCGCUCCAAACCUGUUGGUGUGCACCAGAAGUACCUGAUGGUCACCUGUAACUACGUGGCGAGGGCGCAUGGCGUGGCCAAGCUGACGUCCGUGAAGACUGCUCUGGAGAAGUGUCCUAACCUGGUGCUGGUCAGAGGAGAAGAUCUCAGCUUCUACAGAGAGAUCUCCUACAAGGUCACAGAGCUGCUGAUGUCAUACUGCCCCCUGGUGGAGAGGCUGGGCUUGGAUGAGAACUUCGUGGAUGUGACGGAGAUGGUGGAGAGCAGGAGGAGGAACAUGGACGUCUCUGAGCUCUCCUUCGUGGGUCACAUCUACGGACAUGACGUCUCCAGCGUGGAUGUACAGGACCACGUGAGUCUGGCUCUGGGCUCAGUGAUAGCGUCUGAGCUGCGGGAGGUGCUGUUCUCCAGACUGGGCCUGACCUCCUGCGCCGGCGUGGCUAACAGCAAGCUCUUAGCUAAACUGGUGUCAGGGACGUUCAAACCCAACCAGCAGACCACGCUGCUGCCUCAGAGCGUCUCCCAGCUGAUGAGCAGCCUGAGCGGACCGAGCAGAGUGCCGGGAAUCGGGCCCAGGACAGCUGAGAGACUGAAGGCUCUGGGUGUGUUCACUGUGACAGAUCUGCAGCUUUUGCCUCUCAGGCCGUUGGUGUGUGAGUUUGGAGAAGUUAACGCUAAACGCAUACAGAGCCUCGCCUGCGGCGUCGACCUUUCACCUGUCACCCCGGCCGGCCCCCCACAGUCUCUGAGUAAUGAGGACUCGUUUAAGAAAAUCUCCACACUGAGUGAAGCGGAGAGUAAAAUCACAGAGCUGCUGCUCGGCCUGAUCGAGAGGAUGCGUAAGGACGGCAGGCUGCCUCAGACACUGAAACUGACACUGAGACGGAACAGCGCACCGAGCCGCUGGUUCAGCCGAGAGAGCAGACAGGGUCCCAUUCCCACACACACCGCACACAGGAUCAUUAAUGGCUGCCCGGAGGCGGUGCCUCAGCUGGUUUCCAUAGCGAUGAAGCUCUUACGCAAACUGGUGGACGUCAGAGAGCCAUUUCACCUGACGCUGCUGAACUUGUGUUUUACCAACCUGCAGGCCAAAACAUCCAACAGGAUCACCAUCAGCUCCUUCUUCACCUCCACACACAGCCCAACACACAGCCCAACACACAGCCCAACACGUGCACACACACCCACACGCACACCCACACCCAUACACACACCCAUACACAGUGUGUGUGAUGCUCCUUCCAGCUUUACACAACCAGAAGCUCUGUGUGGAGCAGUGAACCCCCAGAACAACAAAGAAACAUCAUCAUCAUCAUCUCCAUUUACCCAGCAGCCAAUCAGAGCCGGUUCCUCAGUGCCUCCCGUUCUGGAACGCUCUGAUCCCAGCGGCAUGCCCACACCAGAUUCCAUAACAUCCAGCGACAUUCCGGACCUCCCCCCUGACGUAGACCCGGAUGUGUUCAGAGCUCUCCCGCAGCACAUCCAGAAGGAGCUCAUAACCAGCUUCCAAGAACAUCUUUCCAUAGAGACACAGGAACGUCACGGCGGGUCAGCUCCGCCCACGCCGCACGCUGAUGACCUCAUCACACGGCGCCGCAGUGACGCAGAGGAGCCGGGUGACGUCAGCGUUGCAGAGUGUGUUCCCGCUGGCCCUGAUGUUCCUGACGUUCCUCCUGACGUAGAUCUGUACGUGUUCUCUCAGCUUCCCCCAGAGAUGCAGAGAGAACUGCGUACAGAGUGGAGGCGGAGCAAACCCACGCUCAAAAUGUCACCCAAACACGCGGCCAGACGCACCACGACAACUCGAGACAAGAGACCUGCGGCCAGGCGCUCUCUCAGCGGCAGCCUGCUCAAGUACUUCAAACCCUCAGCAGAUAAACGCUCCUGAAUGUCACGUCAUUUCCCGUCUGAUCACAAUAAAUUCAGAUACGACUCCCAUGAUUGACUCAACAUCUUACUGUGUCUCGUCUCGAAUCACACACACACACACACACAGUUCUCCGUAACGAAUCCCCUGCAGCAAGAUCAGAGCGUGCGAUCUGAGACCCAGCCGGACGCUAGAGCACUUCAGACUCUCAGCUGGGGUUGCGAAAUAUUUCAGUAAGUUGUAUGUUUACAAAUAUUUCAUACUGAGAAGGAUUUAUAAAAUGGUUUGUUAAAUAAAGGACAAAAAGACGACAUCA